UGCGUUCAUUGGAAGUCGGUCUUAUAUCCGACGCCGUGUGUAAUUUUUUUUUUUGAAUAAUUAAUUUAAAAAAAAAAAAAGAAAAAGAAUUAAACAUCGAAAUAGGAAGAUACAAAAAAGUAGAUUUAAAGAGCAACUGAAAACACGCUAAAGCGAAUUUUUCCAUUUCAAUCGUUCGAAUCCGUUCGAUCGAUAAAGUUCAGUUUUGUUGGAGAAGAAAGUUUUAUCUGUGACCUCUGAGAAUCAUCAAAAGGAAGACCACGUUAGGGGGAGAGUCGACAACCUUAUCCUGUUCUUGUAUUGUUUUAAAUUUAAGUACGUUUUUGAAGAAGCUGCGAAAUGGCGAAGAUAAUCUUUAUUUUUGCCAUUGUUGCUGUUGCUGUAACAACAGCAUCUACAAAUCGAUGGAAAAGACAGGCUGAGGAGACACCAAAGAAAGAAGAAUCAUUCGAAACAGAAUUGUGUAAAGAUAAAGAUGCCGGUGAAUGGUUUAGAUUGGUAGCCGGUGAAGGUGAUAAUUGUCGUGAUGUUAUUCAAUGUACAUCAUCUGGUCUUCAAGCUAUUCGUUGUCCGGCCGGUUUGUAUUUCGAUAUUGAAAAGCAAACUUGCGAUUGGAAGGAUUCAGUGAAAAAUUGCAAACUAAAGAACAAAGAACGUAAAAUAAAACCACUUUUGCACACAGACGAACCAUUGUGUCAAGAUGGUUUCUUGGCUUGCGGUGAUAGCAAUUGUAUUGAACGUGGAUUGUUCUGUAACGGCGAAAAGGAUUGUUCAGAUGGUUCUGAUGAAAACACUUGUGAUAUUGAUAACGAUCCAAAUCGCGCUCCACCAUGCGACCCUGCCGUUUGCGUCCUUCCUGAUUGUUUCUGCUCUGAAGACGGUACUACCAUUCCUGGUGAAAUCCCAGCCCGUGAUGUUCCACAAAUGGUCACAAUCACCUUUGAUGAUGCCAUCAAUAACAACAACAUUGAUUUGUACAAGGAAAUCUUCAAGGAUCGCAAGAACCCCAACGGAUGUGAUAUCAAGGCUACUUUCUUCGUUUCACAUAAAUACUCCAACUACUCAGCUAUUCAGGAAACUGCUCGUAAAGGACAUGAAAUUGCUGUACAUUCGAUCACACACAAUGACGACGAAAACUUCUGGUCCAACGCCACUGUCGAUGACUGGGCUAAAGAAAUGGCUGGAAUGAGGAUCAUCAUUGAGAAAUACGCCAACCUGACUGACAAUUCAGUUGUAGGAGUUCGUGCCCCAUACUUGCGUGUAGGUGGUAACAAUCAAUUCACGAUGAUGGAAGAACAAGCUUUCUUGUAUGACUCAACAAUCACUGCCGCCCUCUCCAACCCACCCCUAUGGCCAUACACCAUGUACUUCCGCAUGCCACAUCGUUGCCACGGUAACUUGCAAAACUGCCCAACCCGAUCACAUGCUGUUUGGGAAAUGGUUAUGAACGAGUUAGAUCGUCGAGAGGAUCCUAAGAAUGAUGAAUACCUUCCUGGAUGUGCUAUGGUUGACUCCUGCUCGAACAUCAUGACCGGUGACCAGUUCUACAACUUCUUGAAUCACAACUUCGAUCGUCACUACGAACAGAAUCGUGCUCCACUUGGUCUCUAUUUCCACGCUGCUUGGUUGAAGAACAAUCCCGAAUUCUUGGAUGCCUUCCUUUACUGGGUCGAUGAAAUCCUUUCAAACCACAACGAUGUCUACUUCGUGACAAUGACUCAAGUCAUCCAAUGGAUACAGAACCCUAAGACAAUCUCAGAAGUAAAGAACUUCGAACCAUGGAGGGAGAAGUGUGUUGUUGAAGGCAAACCAGCUUGUUGGGUACCAAACAGCUGUAAAUUGACCUCAAAGGAAGUUCCCGGGGAGACCAUCAAUCUCCAAACCUGCGUCAGAUGUCCUAACAACUAUCCAUGGAUCAAUGAUCCAACUGGUGAUGGUUUCUUCUAAGUCAUAUCAUAUUUUUUUAUAUAAUUACAUUAUAUAUAUUUUAUUUCUGUGGAGAGAAAAAAACCCGUACACCCCCACAUAUCAUCCCUGGAAGGCACAAAUUUUUUCCGUGUCCUUUUCAGGGUUUGAUGCAAACAAAAUGUGAAAGUGUAAUAAAUCCCUUUUUUUUGUUCCGGUUACACUUCUCAUCGCAUAGACUACCACCAACUUAUCAGUAAUUUUUGUAUUUCCUUGUUCUCUACUUUUUAUAUUCAUAAAAUUUACUUUUAUGUAAUAUUUUUAGAAAGAAAAACCAAUUAAACAACAAUAAAACAUGUGUUACCUGGAAAAUACUCAAAUAUCCUAGAAGGGUCGCCUCAACAUGAGCAAUCGUUCUGGAACUUUUAUCUUAAUCUUACUCACUUCAAUUCUCUCUCUCUCUCUUCUCCUCUCUCGAACCUCAAUCUGCAGCUCAAGCCUAGUUGCUACUUGAAAAAAGGCUGUUCUUCGCAAUCUGUAUCUUAAGAUUGCGAACUAUCUGAACAUGUGUAUCAUUUUCACUUCAAACACAAUCUGCUCUUCCCCAUUUUACCUUUCCAGUCUUCUGUCCUUUAUCCUCGUACUUUACUUCUUGCCUCUAAAAAGACUCCUCCCAUCCGAGGAGGACCUUAAAGUUAGCAACGACACACUUCCUUAAAAUUAAUUAAAAUCGAAAUAAACUUUAUAUCAUUUAAAGUUUAGAUUUACACUGAGAAAAGCCUGAAACACAAUUCUCUUAUUAUUUCUUAUUUGUUUUUAUUAAUUUGUAUAUAAAAUAAAGUAAAAAAUUAAAUAUAUGAAAAAAAAAUAAUUACAAAAAAAUUGUUUAAAAAAUUAAAACUGUUUCUUUUCAUUCUGGUUCUAUCAUUUUUUUAUUUAUCUCCAAAAAGCGUCGUUUUGUCUUGAAAAGUCGUACAAGUUUUUUAGGACGUUGUCCCCACGUUUUCGGGAAGGCGAAUCUAAAUUUCUUAAGAUUUUUUUUUUCUAGAUCUAUUUUUAUAUAUUUUUUAAUUGCGGGCAAAGUUGCGCUGUGUUAAUUUAAGAAUGAUAGUACGGAUAAAUCCCUUGGAAA